AUGACCGAGGCAAUGAAGGAACAAAUACUGACACUUAAAGUGAUGCGCUUUGCUCGUCCCAAAUUUUAUGAAAAUAUUUGCAUGCCAAUUGAUCCAGUUGAUACCACCAGCCAGCUCAUUGGCUCUGCUCUUUGUCGUUUAACUGGACAGGAAACUGCUGAUAUACCUAUUGGAAAAUAUCUUAUGGCGCCGCAAAAGUUCGAGAAUAUAUAUUUGGGAGAGACCUUCACUUUCUAUGUUUGCGUACAAAAUAUAAGUGAUAAAUUCGCUACGGAUAUAUGUAUCAAGACUGAUUUGCAAACUACAAGCCAACGUAACGCUUUGUCGUCACAGUUACAAGAAGCAAAUGCUGUUCUGAAACCAGGGGAAUGUUUGGGAGAAGUUAUUACUCAUGAAAUUAAAGAAAUUGGGCAGCACAUAUUAGUGUGUGCGGUAAGCUACAAAACACCUAAAAAUGAGAUGUAUUUUCGAAAAUUUUUCAAAUUUCCAGUUACGAAACCAAUCGACGUUCGGACAAAGUUUUAUAACGCGGAGGAUAAUCUGAAUAAUGACGUUUACUUGGAAGCACAAAUUCAGAAUACUUCUGAACUACCAAUGGUUCUGGAAAAAGUAAUCCUGGAACCAUCCGACUUCUAUUUGAGUUCUGAAAUAUCACCUCCUGAAACAGAAAAUGGAACCAUGGACCAAUCUUAUCUCAAGCCAAGUGAUAUUCGGCAGUAUCUCUUUUGUUUAAAACCAAAAACAACAGAUUAUUCUCUUAAUUAUUUUAGGAAAGGGACUUCAAUUGGGAAACUUGAUAUGGUUUGGAGGACAGGUAUGGGAGAGAGAGGCCGCCUACAAACGAGUGCUCUGCAGCGAAUGGCUCCAGGAUAUGGUGAUUUGCGACUGACAAUUGAAAAAAUACCAGCAACGGUGAAAGCCUUGCAAUCAUUUCGCAUGGUGUGUCGGCUUCGUAACUGUAGCGAACGUUCACUGGAUUUGGUGCUGACUUUAGACGGCAAAUUGCAACCAAAUAUGGCUUUUUGUUCAAUUAGUGGUAUUGAAUUGGGUCAGUUGGCACCAAACAGUACGACUGACUUUUCCAUAGAGUUAUUACCAUUAACUCCUGGAUUACAAUCAAUUUCUGGUAUUCGAGUUACGGACACAUUCUUGAGAAGAACAUAUGAACAUGACGAUAUUGCUCAAGUGUUCGUAGCGUAG